ACCCUAAAUUCCUGAUGCUGUUAUCCCAGAGGCUCACGCUCGCCUAUGCGGCAAUCGUUGGAGUGGGCGGCAUUAUCGGCUAUUUGAAGAGGAGGAGCGCCAUGUCCUUGGUGUCUGGAAUAGUCUCGUCUUGUCUCUUGGUGUAUGUACACACGCAGCUGCCUGUGAAUCCAGUGGUGGCUUCGUCGCUCGGACUUGGAGUUUCAGCUCUUCUUCUAGUUGCCAUGGGCAACCGCUUCCAGAAAACUGGCAAGCUUUUCCCCGCUGGGAUCGUCGCGCUACUCUCAUUUAUCAUGACCGGUGGCUAUCUCCACGGGAUCAUCCACACUCGGUCACACGCCACUUAUACUUAAAAACUCCUUUCGGCUAGGCUUGAAACGUUCGGUGACGGAUCUCUCGCGCUCGUUAUAAUUUAGUUUGCCAUCGUUUUCUCGCAUCUCUUUCUCCCUCACGCUAUGUUGGAAGAGCAGGACUCUUCAAAGCUGGAUUUGAGUGAUUCUCUUUCCACCUUUAAAGCUAAAGUGUCUCUCUCUGUUCA